ACCUCGACUGGCCGUCGCUGCGACGGGUAUGAAGCUGAGGUCUCAACCCGAGGACUCGGUUACAGCAAUCCCCGGCCCAGUCUCAGCGUCAACGCACCGAAUAGCGGAGAAUCGCUGUAUCUCCAAUUUUUCGUAGAAAAAACCUUGUUAUCCUUUCAGGCGUUCUUUCCUAACGAUUUGUGGCACACUCGAGCUCUUCAACUCGCACGGUCCGAGAGCUCCAUUCGCCAUGGGUUAGUCGCCUUAGCUUCGUAUCAUCAUGAAUUUCUCUACCCACAAGGCAGCGAGAGCUCUGAGUUUGCUCUUUCCCAAUACAAUAUGGCAAUUAAAGAGCUGACUCGUUGUUCUGAUGGAACGUCUCGACACCCGGAGCCUCAUUUACAGGUGCUCUCCUGUCUUAUCUUCAUAUCUAUUGAGAUUCUACGUGGCAAGAUAAAAUCUGCAAUAAACCUCUUUAAACACGGAUGCGAGAUGAUGUGGCAGUUGAAGAGGACACAGGCGUCUCGGCUGCGGUCAGGCACUGACAUGGAACGCACAUUUUACCUAGCUGAAGCGUUCUUCAAGCGCUUGGCGGUCCAGAUAUCAAUGGUAUGUUUCUGCCAUGCCCUAGAACUCAAGAAUUAUAUUGAUAGUGGUUACCAAAAGCUUGUUGGUGACGUGUCUCCUGAAUUGUCCACAGCUUUUCACGCUCGAUCGAGUAACAGCGAUUUCCCCUCUCCCUUUAACUUCAGAACUCUUGUCUCUGCAAGGGAAACGCUCCUAAACAUCAUCAUAAGAAGUUCCAUGCUGUCCACAUUGCGAUCUGAUCGAAUCUGCUACGCUGAACAAAUACAGCAGUGGAUCCAAUCAUUCAACAGUCUUGUGUCUCGACUUUCCACCCAGAGUCUUAGCAAUACCGAAAAACGAGGCAUUGCUCUCUUGGAGCUCCACAAGCGAAACUUGAGCCUUAAUCUGGCUCGACUGGCACACGAUACAGAAUCAAUGGAUGACGACUUUUUCUGGGAUCAGUACGUAGCUGACUUCGAGGAGAUGAUUCCGUAUGCUGCUGUUGCGGUGGGACUUGACACGGAUGACACCGAUUCUGGGGACUCCAGCAAAGCAUCCUGGCAUAUGGAGAUUGGUGUCACGCCCGUGCUCUUUCAGUUGAUCGCGCGCUGCCGAGACCCUCUGGUGCGCCGUAAGGCCAUUGCGAUAAUGCUGGCUGAUCAAAUGCAAGAAGGUGUGUGGAAUAGUUUCUUGGCGGCUCGUGUGGCUAAGAUUCUUGUGGAUGUUGAAGAAAAUGGGAAACCGGUGUUAUCGGGACAUGAGAUCCGUGUGAAGAGGCGAGUGAGGACGGUUCAAGUGCAGCUGGAGUCAGGGGACAGGCAGGCCAAGGUUCAGUAUGCGAACAAGUACGGAUCUCUAGAACACUACAUAUCGUGG